AUGCUUCAAAAAUUUCCAUUUGAUUUAUUAUUUUGUAUAAUUGAGCUUUUGUCAAUAAAAGAUUUGACAAAUUUAUCUCUUGUUAACAAAGACUAUCACAAUAUUAUAAAGAAGUAUGGGUUUAGGAUAUAUUUCAAUAGUCAAAAUUGGAAUAUAUUACAAUACCCUAUUAUAUAUGAUAAUGAUUGGGAGGGAAAAGUCAAAUUUGGUUUUGCUAUAAAUAAAAAUUGGAACAAAAGAAAGUUCAAGCCAACCAUAAUAGCAAGGCAUAGACAAGCAUUAAUGCCUAAAAUAAAAUUUGACUCGGCAAAAUUAAUCUGCACUGUUGGAAGUUCACUGGAUGUUUCUUAUUUCUCACCCCAAGAUCCAGCAAAGUUCUAUAAGAGAAAAAAUUUUCAUGUUCACAAUGAUGACAUUACUGAUAUAAUAUUUUGUUGUAAUAAUAGAAAUCACAUAUUUACAAGUUCUGUAGAUUAUACAAUCAAAAGAUUCUAUUUGAACAAAAAUCACAAAAAUCAUAUUCAUCUAAAUGAACUGAGAACUUUUUAUGGGCAUGAUGGCAUUGUUCAAUCAAUCUGCCAAAUUUCUGAUAAAUCAUCAUCUUUGAUUUCGGUAGGCACAGAUCUAAAGAUGAUUUUAUGGGAUGUGGAAACUGGUGAAAAGAGACAUACACAUAAAAUAAUUGGUAAACCUUAUAUUGUAAAAGAUUUAUCAUGCAAUAGUCAUUUGAUUGGAGUGGGCAAUAAAAGCGAUAAUCAUUUGACAUUAUACUAUGUUACUCCAACCGGAUUUGUUGAUUCCAGAUUUUCAAUAAAUAAUCAUAAUAGUAGUGUUUAUGCAUUAGCUUCAAAUCAAAUUCUACCAAAUACUUUUGUUUCUGGAUGUUAUGAUGGAUUAACACGUCUCUUUGACACUAGAAGUAUGGAAUGCAUAGCAUCAUAUAGAGAUCCUUAUGAUCUCUCACCUGUUUAUUCUGUUGAUUAUGAUUUUCAUAAAUUAGCUUCUGGUUCUUAUUCAAAUGGAUUAAUAAGAUUGUUUGAUUUAAGAUAUUAUAAAAAUAAUAUGAUAAACAGUUUAAAGAGAGGUGGAAGAUUGUAUGGUGAUGGCUGGUCUGUUUAUCUUGUUCUUAAUUUCAAUUCUAUUAUUAGAUGGAUCAUUCACGAUUAUAUGCAGCUUUAG